UGAAAACACCUAAAAUAUUUUUCUAAAACGAUUUACUUAAAAGCAUAGUUUUAAUCUACACGCUCUUGUUCGAAUCCCACAUAUCUGGCGUGGGCGAUCACAGACCUCUCAUACAAUUCUUGUGAUUUGUUAGCCCUCAUAGCUGACACAGGGUCUGCAUCUUCAGUCAAUCCAUCAUAUAGCCGGUAGAAUAUUCAUCUACACAGUGACUAUUACUAAUAAUAAAUGAUGAUGGAAAAGUGCGGUUAUGGGAAGGAUGGAAUAUUCAGAUCCCUCCGCGCCCCAUUCCUACUUCCAAAGGACGAGCAUGCAAACAUCGUCUCUUUCAUGUUUAGAAAUUCAGCAGCUUAUGCUCAUGAAAUAGCAUUGAUUGAUGCUGAUUCUGGGGAGAAACUCUCUUUCAAAGAUUUCCAAGACAAAGUACACCGGGUGGGCAGUGGAUUAUACCAACUUGGUAUCAGGAAGGGGGAUGUGGUUCUCAUAUUUGCCCCGAAUUCCAUUAAUUUUCCUUUGUGUUUUCUGGGAAUUAUAUCAAUUGGGGCAGUGGCAACCACCGUGAAUCCUCUGUAUACCACUAUGGAAGUCAACAAACAGGUGCAGGAUUCCAAGACCAAGCUCAUCGUUACAGUCCCCGAGCUCUGGGGUAAAGUCCAGGAUUUGGGCUUACCCGCAAUAAUUAUAGGGUCUCGUAAGGAUGGUGAUCUUAGUGGGUCUAUGUCAGGUAUACCAAUCACUCUGUUUUCUGAAGUAUUAAACAUGGGAGCCCACAAGAGUCCACCUGUGGUUAGAAUUAGGCAAAGAGACACGGCUGCAUUGUUGUAUUCCUCUGGGACUACUGGGAUCAACAAAGGGGUAGUUUUGACUCAUAGAAAUUUUAUGGCAUCUGCCUUGAUGGUGACCACCGACCAAGAAGCCAGGGGUGAGAGGCACUUGAUUUGGUUAUGUCUCCUUCCAAUGUUUCAUGUAUAUGGCUUGGCAGUUGUCACACUUGGUCAGCUUCAAAGAGGAAAUGCUGUGGUUUCCAUGGGUAAAUUUGAUUUUGUGCGGAUGCUAAAGGUCAUUCGAGACUAUAAAGUUACACACUUGCCUAUAGUGCCGCCCAUUGUGAUUGCACUUGCAAAGAGUAAGAAAACUCUUGCACAAUAUGAUCUGUCUUCUCUCAAGGAAAUCAUCAGUGGAGCUGCACCACUUGGAAGGGAUGUCAUGGAGGAGAGUGCAACUAAUAUCCCUACAGCCGCUAUUCUUCAGGGCUAUGGUCUAACCGAAACUUGUGGCAUUGCAACAAUGGUGGCCAGGGAAAGAAAAGGUCACUUUGGGUCUUCAGGAACAUUAGUUUCAGGCAUUGAAGCAAAAAUUGCCAGCCUAGAAAUAGGGAAGCCUCUUCCUCCUAAUCAGAGAGGAGAGAUUUGGCUCCGUGGGUCCAAUAUCAUGGCAGGAUACUUCAAUAACCCAAAUGCAACUAAAGAUACAAUGGACAGGGAUGGUUGGCUGCAUACUGGAGAUCUGGGCUUCUUUGAUGAGAAUGGAAACUUAUUUAUUGUUGAUCGUAUUAAGGAACUAAUCAAGUGUAAAGGAUUCCAGGUAGCUCCAGCUGAGUUGGAAGGACUAUUGCUUACACAUCCAGAAAUUGUGGAUGCAGCAGUUAUUCCUCAACCCGAUCCACAAGCAGGAGAGGUUCCUAUAGCAUACAUUGUUCUUUCUUCAGGAAGUUCUUUGAAAAAACAGGAUGUGAUGGAGUUUGUUUCCAAGCAGGUAGCACCGUUUAAAAGGUUACACAAUGUAAUUUUUGUAAAAGUGAUACCCAAGUCUGCUUCUGGAAAGAUUCUUCGACGAGAGCUAGUUAAAAAUAUGAAGUCAAAGUUGUAAAAUCAUGUGUACUAAAUCAUAGAAAAAUUAUAAAUAUAGAUUUUAAUUCUUGAUGAAUAUACUAUACAUCAUAUUAUUACAAUUGCACAACUAUCAAAUAAAGCAAUUACAUGAGUCUUUAUCUCUUAUUGA